AUGUUGUUUGUGAAUGUCAUCCCUUCUGAGCCUCAGCCUGAGCAAGUUCCCAUAGUGCCCAUAGUGCCCACAGUGCCCACAGUGCCCAUAGGGGACCAAAGUUCUGUUGGUAUGAACUAUGAAAACCAACAUGCGAAGGAUGGUGAAAUCGGACCUAACGCCAUUGUUGUCUACGUAGGCAAAGAAAAGGCUGUAGAGGGUGAUUCUAAUAAAGAGGGUGAAGCUGAAUCACGUGAUGAAGGUGAUGAAUAUACUGAGCCACGCCCUGUUGUAGAACCGUUAAAGUCGGACAAGGUGCGUUAUGUGGUCAAAUGUCCUAAAGAAGGAUGUAACUGGGGUUUACGAGGUGGUAGGAUUCGAGGUACAGAUAUUUUCUCGAUUAGAAGGCACAACAAGAUGCAUACAUGCUCUCGGGCUAGUCAAAGUUCAAGCAAUAGUAAGAGGCAAGGCACUCCACAAUUAGUUGCUUCUCUUUUACAUGGUGAUUAUCCAGGGCAAAUGGAAACUCCACCUCCGAAAAUUAUCAUGGAUCUUGUCAAGACAAAAUUAGGUGUUGAUAUAUCAUAUUCCACGGCGUUGAGAGGGAAAAAUCAAGCUGUUACUGAUUUGAAAGGUAGCCCAGAAGAAAGCUACAAGAUGUUGCGAUGUUAUCUGCACAUGUUAGAGAAGGUUAAUCAUGGUACAAGAUCAUAUGUGCAUUGCGAUGAGAAUAAUAAAUUCAUGUACUUGUUCAUAGCUUUGGGAGCUAGCAUUGAAGGAUUUAAAGUCAUGAGGAAAGUUAUAACUAUGGAUGCAACUUUUCUAAAGAACGGAUAUAAGGUAUUUAUGACUGACAGAAAUACAAGUCUCAUAAAAGCUAUAGCUAAUGUGUAUCCUCUGGCUCAUCAUGGUUUUUGUAUAUGGCAUUUAUCCCAAAAUGUGAAAGGUUAUGCUCGUAACGUGAACAAAGACGUUGUUGCAUGGAGAUUCAUGGAGUGUAGUAGGUUUUACACAGUGGCUGAGUUCAACAUUGCUUACGCAUCUUUUACGACAAGAUAUCCUUCUGCUGCCAAGUAUCUUGAAGAAUCUACCCAGAAAGAAAGAUGGGCACGAUGUGUUUUUCCAGGAGAUAGAUACAACCUAGACACAAGCAACUGUGUUGAAUCGUUGAACAGUGUAUUCAAAGAUGCAAGGAGGUACUCCUUGAUACCCAUGCUUGAUGCAAUACUUAAAAAAUUCUCUGAAUGGUUUAAUGAACAUCGAAAAGAUGCUGUGUCUGGAUCAGUCGCAAAUAAAUUGGUGCCUUUAGUGGAGAACUACUUACAUGAUUUAUGGGCAACUGCUGAGAAACUAAAGGUGAUAGAGCUAAAUGGUUUCGAGCUUGAAUACAAUGUCAUUGACAGUGACGGAAAGCCUUAUUUGGUGAAGUUGCGAUUGAGAAGUUGCAGUUGUAGGUUUUUCGAUAUACAAAAGUAUCCUUGUGUGCAUGCAUUGGCGUCUUUCAUUACAUACCAAAAAUAUGGAGGUAAGGAUUUCGAGUUACAUGAGUUGUGUUCUAAGUAUUAUUGGACGGAGCUGUGGGCAAUUGCAUAUUGCAGGACAAUUUAUUUAGUACCUGAUAAGUCUCGAUGGGAUGUCCUAGAUGACGUCCAAGAUAUGGAGAUCAUACCUCCGAAUCGGAAAAUAAGAGGGGGAAGAAAGAAAACAAAAAGGUAUGCAUCUGCUGGGGAAAAACGACCAAAAACUCGACCUAGGACGCAGAAUAAAAGGCGCCGGAGACAAGGACUCCAAUGGUUGUUAUUUGGAGAUAAUGUUCAUGUUUGA